UAAAGCAGUUGAUGCAGAUAGCCUCGACGGAUGAAGCAACUUGUAAUUCUUGUAACGACAGCAGUUUCGCAUUAAGAUUAGGUUCCUGUGAUUCCAACUUGUUGGUCACUGAUCGUCUCACCAGUGGAUAUUGGUAUGGUCAGAAUCACUCUCCAAAACCGUCAGCUGACCCAGCCAGCGUCAAAGGAAAGUGUAGCCAUGGUGGCCUGAGGGAUUCUGGGAAGGAUACUCCGGCGACAGGGGGUAUCAAUAAGGAGACUACUGACAGGAAUCUUUCGCCACAUUCUCAUCUUCAUCCCCAAGCUUCUGAGGCUGCCAUCAAAGCUACAGUAGAGUUCUUCAUUCAUUUCACAAAUGGAAUACUCACAGACAUUGAUGAAGAUAAAAUUCUAAACCUUUUUGGAUUGCAAAUGAAAUCGAGAACAUCUCUUGGAUUUGCUAUCGACGUCAGCGGGUCCAUGGGCAAUGAUAUAGCACAUGUGAAGUCGACGUUAAGUAAAAGAGUCAACCAAGAAAGAGAGGGUACUUUCGCACCAAGCAAAUAUGUGUUGGCUACAUUCAAUGACCCCGAAAGUUUGACUACAGUUGCCAGUACUGUUGAUGGUGAUGAAAUGAUUCGAUGGCUUGAUGCACUUUCUGCCAAUGGAGGGGAUGAUUGUCCAGAAUAUGCAAUAUCUGGAUUGAUGGCUGCUAUAGAACUCUCGGAAUUAAAUUCUGUAAUCAUUGUUGCCACUGACGCGGACGCUAAAGAUACUGAUAAUGCUGCCACUGCUGUGGGUGCUGCAAAUGCAAAAGGGAUAAAAAUUGAAUUUCUACUUACCGGAUCAUGUUCUCGACGACGCAGAUAUGUUCCAUUAAGACAGAAAAGAGAUUUGGCAACGUUCCAAAGUAUUGCUGGUGGUACCGGAGGAACUGUGUAUCGAAUUUUUAGUAGGGAACUCCCCACAGUUCUGGAUAAGUUGCUCGAGGAAAGCUUUGCAUCCUCUACAUCGGUAAUGGAAUAUUUUGUCCAGACAACAUCAGAAGGCCCCUCUAUGAAUGUAUAUGUAGACAGUGAAAUAGACAGCCUUGUAAUCACAAUCUCGGGUCCGCAGAGUCUAAUUGAAGCGUCCAUAGCAGACCCAACAGGAACAGUGGAUAUUUUUUCUACAGAAAAUGCUACUCGGUCAUAUUCCAGUAACAGCAUCACUAUGACGAUACAGAAUCCGACGCCCGGUACCUGGGUACUGACGCGCUCUGCAAUUAGACAGUGGGAAGUCAACAUUAAUGUGUACAGCGAUUUAGAUAUAGACUUUCAGCUUAUAGAGACUGACGACUCGGGGAUAUACUACGUAUCCAACAGGAACCCAAUAUCAGGCGAAACCUACACACUGACCGUGGAAGUCUACAAUCUGAACUCCGCCGCGUCAUCAUUUGCUAUGAACAUUCUUGACGAGGACGGAACUGUAACUGUCACCGCCCCGAUUAACAUCACGUUUUUACCGUCUAUAACCACUGGCUAUACUUCAAUCGAGAUCCCUUCUACAAACUUUUAUGUCCAAUUGAGUGGGAUUGAUCAGAAUGGCUUCCAGUUCAAAAGAAUGGCGGGGACAUUAGUCAAACCUGUCGCUGUAGAUUUAUUCGUACAGCCAAUUUUUGGGAACCUUGUCAUCGGAACUCCUCGGGACGUUACCUAUACACUGCGUAACCUGGGUGACACUACAGAAACCUACACCGUUAUUAUCGUCGAUGAUAAGGGUCGAGUCCUCUCUCCAUCGUCAAGACAUCACAGUGUCAACGCAGGGAAGAACAUAACUGGCACAUUUCAGUUAUCCAGCAUCGUCGAACUGGAAUACAUAACCUAUACAGUCAGUGUCAACGUUCAUGGAUCAUCCAUUGUUCUACAGUCAACGACAAACACAGCCAUGGUCACUGGGCCGUUCUGUUCGUCAGUGAUGACGUCACCUAAAUGCAACCAGGUCAUUGCCGAGAGUAGCUAUUGUUCGUCGUUUACGUGGUCUGCUACUGCUGUGUUUUCGUUUGACGUAUGGAAAUUCCAAGUCGCCGAUGACGUCACAGUAACAAUUGACGGUGACAACAGCACACGUCUCCAUAUCAAUGGAAAUUGCUGUGUUAGAAAUUUUACAGUAGAUGCGUCCCCAUCAACCGGACGUGGUUGCCAGGUGUCACAGUUGGUAACUGCAUCAACGUCGUAUCAAUUGGUGGUUAAUGACGACAGCAAGGUCACUGGGCCGUUCUGCUCGUCAGUGAUGACGUCACCUAAAUGCAACCUGGUCAUUGCCGAGAGCAGCAAUUGUUCGUCGUUUACGUGGUCUGCUACUGCUGUGUUUUCGUUUGACUUAUGGGUAUUCCAAGUCGCCGAUGACGUCACAGUUACAAUUGACGGUGACAACAGCACACGUCUCCAUAUCAAUGGAAGUUGCUGUGUUAGAAAUUUUACAGUAGAUGCGUCCCCAUCAACCGGAAGUGGUUGCCAGGUGUCACAGUUGGUAACCACAACAACGUCGUAUCAAUUGGUGGUUAAUGCCGACAGCAAGGUCACUGGGCCGUUCUGUUCGUCAGUGAUGACGUCACCUAAAUGCAACCAGGUCAUUGCCGAGAGUAGCUAUUGUUCGUCGUUUACGUGGUCUGCUACUGCUGUGUUUUCGUUUGACGUAUGGAAAUUCCAAGUCACCGAUGACGUCACAGUAACAAUUGACGGUGACAACAGCACACGUCUCCAUAUCAAUGGAAGUUGCUGUGUUAGAAAUUUUACAGUAGAUGCGUCCCCAUCAACCGGACGUGGUUGCCAGGUGUCACAGUUGGUAACUGCAUCAAAGUCGUAUCAAUUGGUGGUUAAUGCCGACAGCAAGGUCACUGGGCCGUUCUGCUCGUCAGUGAUGACGUCACCUAAAUGCAACCUGGUCAUUGCCGAGAGCAGCAAUUGUUCGUCGUUUACGUGGUCUGCUACUGCUGUGUUUUCGUUUGACUUAUGGGUAUUCCAAGUCGCCGAUGACGUCACAGUAACAAUUGACGGUGACAACAGCACACGUCUCCAUAUCAAUGGAAGUUGCUGUGUUAGAAAUUUUACAGUAGAUGCGUCCCCAUCAACCGGACGUGGUUGCCAGGUGUCACAGUUGGUAACUGCAUCAAAGUCGUAUCAAUUGGUGGUUAAUGCCGACAGCAAGGAUGACGAUGAGGCCAGAUCUGAGGACACGGGUACUAAUAUCGGGCUGAUCGUCGGGGUACUACUUGGAGUAGGCAUCCUCGUACUGGCUGUAACAGGCUUAUUGAUGUACGUCUCACGGAAAACGGAUGCUGUGAAAGAUGAUGGCGUGAUAGAAUUUCAAGACAAAACGCAUGCCGACACUUCACAGGGAACGCGAUUCGAUCCAAAGUUACUUGAUCCCAAAUCACUGCAGUACCAUCAGGAUGAUGUUAACGUCAUUUCCGCCUGAGGCUACAAGGCUGAGUUGGAGUACCACUAACCUUGGCGAAGGACAUGGACAAUCUCGAAUGCAGUUGUGUGAUAAAUACUGUAGCUAGAUUACAGUAGGACGACAUCGAAUCGUUUUGAUGACAUACUUUUGGGACAAACAAUCGUGUACCAACUUACCAAAGGGAUUUUUUUUUAUAUAAAUCAAUUUCAUUUGUC